UUGUGGUGGAAGGGCACUUGGGGUACCUGGCCCAACAAGUAAACCUGACCCGGGCCAUCCUGGUUCUCCGAGCGCUGCCACUCCCUAGGCUUUCACUGGCCUUAAGGGGGAAGUUUGUCCUUGCACUGCUUCCGGGACAGUGGAGGCGACGAAGUAAUAAACCCGUGGACCCAGAUUUCUCAGGUCUUAACACGUUCCCUGAGGCCUAAAGGUGCCCAGGGCCGAGCCCAAAGUGCUUGGGUCAGGGCUCGGCGGAGCGCCGAGGUGAGUCUGAACUCCCAGCCGGCACGCGUCGCCCGCCGGACCAAACACGGGAGGGGGCGGGGCCCUAGAGUCGCGGCGUGGUUUCCCGGGUGAUGGCCACGCGGAAGAGGUGGGGCUAGGGCCCUGGUUCCCACUGCCUGGUUUCUGGGCCCCCGGCAUCCGAGUCGGCCAAAAGCCGGGCAGAAGAGAGCGCCAAGGACUGGCAGUUCCGGAACGGGUCCGAGCCGGGGACGGCGGCGUCGGUGGGUCAUGCUACGGCACUCCCCCUCGCUGUGGGAGCUGGUGGAGGAGCACGUUCCGCUCCGGGAGCGACCCGAAGUGAAGAGGAUUCUGGGGGAGGCGGCGGUGGACCUGAGCCUGGAGCUGCGGGCGGAGGUGGCGAUGUUACGGGCACUGCUCCAAGAGGCUCGAUCCUCUCAAGCCCCCAGCUCCCGCCCCAUCUCUGACCCCUCUUCUCUUCUGGCACCACCGCCUCUCCUAAAGGACCUCUUGCGCCAGGAGCUCCGGCAGUUGCUCCAGGGUCUCCGCCACAAAGCCAUCUGUGAGGGCAGGUGGGAGCCUCAGGCCUGGGCCCUUUCCCUAGAUACCAGGUGGGCUAGCCCUGCCCCUAACAAGGAGCCAGGGUUGCCUUUUCUGUGGUUUCCAGAAAGGAGCCUCUCAGCUUCCUUCCUGUGCACCUUCUGCAGGGACCAGGUCCAAGCUUGGGUCCAGUAUAGCCCCAGGGUCCUGCACUUUGCCUUGGAGGAGCCCAGGUGUGAUUUGCCAGAACAGGAGAUAUUCCAGAUGAGAGGUGGUGGGCCCAGCAGCGGUCACAGAGAUCUCAGCAUCAUCAAGGACCAACUGAAUGUGUCCAACAUUGACCAGGUGGCCAGACACCUGAGGGGCCUUCUGGAGGAGGAGUGUCACACCUUGGAGAGGGAGAUCCUCAUCCUGCAGCGCUGCCUGGAAGAGGAGUAUAUGAGGCCUUGCCACCCCUCUGAGGCAGCCCUGGAGCCCACCCUGGCAGAGCUAAAGGAACAGAAGAAGGCCAUGGAGCAGGAGCUGCAGGCAUCUGUGGGGCCUUCUUGUGUCUCUCCCAACCACAGGCAGCGGCCCUUGGGGUCCUCCACACAGGGCCUCAGACCCCCGCUUCCCCUCUGCGGGGUUGCACCUCUCCAGUGCUGCCUGCCUGCACCUCCUCUGGAGCCCUGCCUUCGACCUCGAGGCCAGUCGGCUACCCACCGCUGGGGACGGCAGCUUCAGUGCAGCCCCAGGGAAGGGCCAGCUUCCACACCCAUGUCCAGUGCAGCACCCCAAGCCCUAGCCUGAAGGGCUGGUCACCGAGUAGGCUCUGGCUUCUGCCACAGCACACCUGUCUGCCGCUGCCGCCUCAGCUGCUUUGGCCCAGCCAGCUUCAGAUCUGGUCUUGGCGAGCUCUCGCCAGGACCCCAAGGCUGUUGGUCUGUCUGGCCCUUGCCCCACCCCCUUGCCAGAUCCCUGGUGUCUGGAGCUGAGUGGCCGGGCAUUGGUCCCAAUCAUCAAAGCCUUUGGCCUUUCUCCUCCCAGGCCUCCACAAAGGCCUGGCAGACAGAGGUCUCAUUCCAGCCUGACUCUUGUCCCCUGGGGGACCCAGACAAAGCACAGCAGCCGCUCAGAGACAGGAAUAGAAAUUUCAUUAAAAUCUAUGGACUUUAAAA